AUGGUCGAGCUCGUGCCAGCACCUGAUCCAGUCUCUUUGCUUCCUCCACUCCUCGCGUGUCUACCUGCCUCGUUCGCUUCUCCCAGACCUCCGCCGGCAAUGCUACCCCUCCUGUCGCCUAUCCUCAGACAACGCCUGCAAAUACACACAUCCGGCGCUUCUCGUGAGAGUUGGGCCUCACUUUUAUGCUGGGAUGCAACCAAAGGCGAACGGCUGAAGGACAGGAUCGAAGAGGCCGUGUUUGAGCCCCAUCCAGUCUCGGGCGAGAUUGAGGUGGGCGAUACACAUCAGCUCAAGUACAAACGAUUUGACGAGGAAACUUUAAGAGCCCAAAUAGCAUUGAUCGACUGGCCGUUUACGGCAAUAUAUUUAUGGUGCAGCGGCGAAGAGGAGGGAAGUGCGUGGAAGCUAGCAGAACUCCUUCCAUACGAUGAGGAUCUCCGGAAAGACCCCUCAUGGUCGGAUUCGGUUGCAGAAGCAAACGAGAGCUCCAACGAGCGAUUGGUGAAUGAAGCUUUGCGCGAAGCAGACGAGGCAGCGAUUGGGCGGAAUCAGAGAAAUCUAUCGGUCCCUGCCAAUGAUGAAGAUGAUUAUUGGGCAAUGUACGAUCACACGCCCGGCAGGACACCUGCUCGAAAGGAGUCGGUUCAGCCCCAGCUAGGUGGACCUUCCGAGGAGGAUUACUACGCACGGUAUGGCACAGUCCAGCCAGCGAUGGAUAACCACGACCCAGACGAACAACUGGAAGACAGCUCCGAACCACGGCUGAACGGGCAUGCUCUACAGCAGAUGCUUUCACAGCACUCUCAACCUCCCAAAGAACUAGAUCCGCCGCCGUAUCAGGGGUCUGACGCGCCUGACGCCGACCAGGUGGACGAGAGACUGGUCGAGGUGACACAUCCCGUACCGUCGUCGCCAUCGUCGAGAGGUUCAGAUGCAGUGGCUCGCCUAGAAGAACACGCAGAACGUUUUGGCGCGUCCGAGAUUGGUAUCAAGCAGCACAUCAGCACGACGAUGAAGAGCAUGUACCGAUUAGCCCGCAGUGCUGGCAUCACCAAGGAUGAAUUUGAGGGUAUAGUGCGCCGGGAGCUGGAGACGUUAAGUCUUUUGGAUCUGGAUGACUAG